GGGAUUAUAAUUGUAGAUAUAAUCACAAAAUGGCCCAUUGAACGUGUUCACUGGCUUAAAAAUGGAAGAAAAAUUAAUCUGUCUGAUGUCGGGAAAAAAAUCAUUGAAAAUAAAAUUUUGGACCAAGAAAGCCAGAGGAUGCUAAGUAUAAACGACUUUCGGAAACAAGACGAAGGUUCAUACUCAUGUGAGGUGGAAACUCUCGGAGGCAAAGAGAAAAGUGCAUCCAUUUUAAUGAAAUGUCCAAGAUUUGUCCCGAGUGUGUCUUUGUCACUUAUCUUCAAUGAAAAGAACCAUUCCUUGCUUCUUUGUACAGAGAUUGUGUCUAAUCUCAAAACCAAAGCACCCAAGUGGAUGAAGGAUGGAAAGCAGAUAUGUUUGAACAAACAACCUCAAAAGUAUUUGGAAAGCCGACAUCCCAUGACUAAACCAAGUCUGACAAUAUUUGAUGUUGGAAAAGCUGACGAAGGAAUGUACACAGUUUCAAUUGAAAAUGAAUAUGGACCAGGAAUAAGCGAGACUAAAGUCUUUCGAAUUCCAAAAGAUCCACCAAAAUUAUUACUCUCAUUCGUCCAUAAUAUUCAUGAAAAGUGCUUUACUGUGGUGGCAGAGAUUGAUUCCAAAGUGGCCUCUCCUGAUAUCAAAAUGAAAAAGGUGGCAACGAAUAUACACUUGUAUGUAAACGAUGUUACACAAGAUGAUGAAGGUGUAUACAGGGCUGUUGUAGAGAACAGAGCUGGGACCAACUCCAGUCAAGCAAUCACGUUUAAUUUCUCCGGCGAAAAUCCUAAAGUUUCCCUCACACAAACAGCGGAGAAACACACUGUCGAAUUGAACGGACUUAUAGAAUCAUCUUGGCCAAUUAAAAAGAGAAUAUGGCAGAGGGAUGGAUUAAAUCUACCGAAAUUGCCUGGAAAAUAUGACGUCACCGAAACCAAAUUGAGGAUAAAUAAAAUAACAAAGCAAGAUGAAGGACUUUACAGACUCUGUGUACAAAGUACGGCAGGGAUCGGUAAAAGUAAACAGAUUCGGAUAUCGAUAGAGACUGAACCAGGAAGCAGUACUUACAACAGAAAUUCAAAUCAAAGUACACCCAGAAAUGAAGCUUUAACAAAAUCCAUCACAAAAAUGGAACAAGAGACUGUUCAGGCUGUGCAAAGCUCUCUAGUAAAGAUUCAUAGACCAUACACCCAUCGAGUCAAAUGUGAAAUUUGCAAUAAAACUGCUAUUGCAACUUUUGAAAACUGCAAAGAUUCGUAUUGCUUGGAAUGUCUUCAGUGCGUUGCCGGGACAUGUACAACAUCUACUAUAAAAUGUCCGAAGGCUGGAGAUUGUUCUUCGUAUAUUACAGUAGAAACAUUCGCCAGAUUUUUAAAAAUUCCAUAUACGCUUAAUAUAGAG